CACCUUCUCUUUCUCUGUGUACCACAGAAGCUAAAGCCCGAACUAGAGGCUGAAGCGAAGGAGAAGUCGACAGAGAGCCGGGCAGAAAAACAAGAGAGGGUUUCUCCAGAUCCCUCACUCGUGUCCACCCGAAGCCCCCCGACCUCAAACACCACUGUGACCAACAACUCGGACCUCAGCAUCUCAAGGGAGACCAACUUUGAAAAUCUCAAACACGUAGUUCUCAAGUUCAUGUCGUGUAGAGAGGCAGAGGCGUUUCAUCUGAUACGAGCUGUCUCCAUACUGCUGCACUUCACCUGAGAAGAAGACAUGCUGAAGCAAACGCUAGAGUACAAGAUGGCCUGGUUUGGGUCUAAGCCUUCUCCUAAAGGGAUCAUCAGGCCUUCCACCUCAGGCUCUUAAACUUAUUGGAGAUGAUAAGCAGCAGAAAGAGAAAUGACUCUGUUCCUCCAUACUGAGGACUGCUUUAAAUUGUAAACAACCAGUGACCCCUAGUGACAACGGGCUGUUGAUGCCUACUUCAGUGUUGAAAAUAAAAAGAACUCUGCACAGGUGCUGAAAGAAGAGAAAAACAACUCAAUCAAAGUGAAUACUGUUGAUUCUUAAUUGACUGUUUGGGUUAUAAUGGUAAGGUGUAUUAUGUUAAUGCCAGAAGGACUACCUUUAACCUGCAUAUUCUGCUGUAAAUAAAAGUACAUUCCACAUGUAAAAUUUCACAAUUCUGUGAACGUAAUUUCUAAAACCGGUUUUUAUUAAAUUUUGCACCGUUUCUCAGAGCAGCAUGCAUACACAGUGCGGUCAGGGUUUUCUUUAAUCCCAUAAAAUUGGAACUAUACCUUUAACUCUGGCUCACAAAGGUCCAUGUAUUAUCUACUAACAUGGGAUACGGGUUUGCCUGCAGAAAAACAUGUAACCACUGAACAGUUCAGUGUGGUGUAGCAGACUCCUGUUUACAUACAUACAUACAUUCAUGAGGAUAAUUAAAAUAAUGCAAAUGUACUUUUUACUGCCACUGAUUCUACUCUACUGUGAAAUCCCCAAAACAUUCAUCAAUCAACAAUCAAUAUUUGUCUUUUUCUUGAUAUGAUUUAACACGUCUUCCAGUGGACUCACCACCUGCAGGAAGGUUCAGGGGGGUUGGUACGGUGCAGUGUGAUUUGGGUGGUGACUGCUGCCCCCGCGACCCAGUAACGGAUAAGUGGAUAAAAAUGGAUGAUUUAACAAGUGCUGCUGUUUUUC